AUGGAGAUUGUUAUUUUACGGAGCGCGGAGGAGGCAGACCAGAACCGUUGCGAACCGCAUGAAUCGUUCCACGUACGUCCUGCUGUUCCACCGCAUCCCCGUUAUAAGAACCCCACUCUCGGUACAAUCAUGGGGCAGGCGAAUUCCACAUUCGAAAGGCCUAGCUCGCCCCCCACCUCGCCCGUCGGCCGCUACAGCUUCCCUCCGCCGCUCUUUCCGCCCUCCCCUUCCGCCGCGCUCCCCUCCCCGCGCCUGACCACUCCGCGCGCGUGGCAUCCGGACGUCGUGCGCGCGGUCUUCUCCGACAGCGACUGCGUGCACGACGCCGUGUCGGGCCUCUUGACUCAGUACGUCGAGAAAAUAGUCGGCGCCACGGAUGCCAACUACCGCGACCCGGACUCCAUAGAAGCCAUCUUCCUAGGCGCUCCCGCUACCGGCGGCGGCGGCAGCAGCGAAGGCGGCGGCGAUGACGGCGGAGGAGGCGACGGCGGCGCCCGCGCGGCGCAUUCCGCAACCGCGGCGGAUGCGCCAGAACUCCCGGGACGGCGUUCGUCCCCCUCCUCCCCCACUAAUGGGGAACAUUCCGCCAACUCCGCAGUAGCUGCAGCUGCGGGCGAAGGGGUUGCUACAGCCGCCACAGCGGCUGCAAAUGCGUCACGCGCGGUCCCGAGCGAAUCCGUCGCGUCGCAGCAGCAGCAGCCGGCGCUGCAUCCGCUGAAGCGGCUGUCCAGCCGGCGGCUCGUGGCGGCGCCCGUGGCGCGCGCGCGGGAGGCGGCGACGCGCGAGGCGCUGGAGCAGCUGGAAGACGCGAUGCGACAGCUGGCGCGCGCCGAGUACGACUGGCUGGUGAGCAAGAUCGCGGAAGCUUCCGCGAUGGCGGCGGGGAAUAAGGAGGUGAGCAGCGCAAAUAAUUCGGGGGUGGGCGGAGGGGGAGCGGGCGGAAGAAGCGGGCGGAGCAUUGCGGGGAUCGGGAGUAUCAGUCAACGGUUUAACCGAAGCACCAGCACUAGGUCCGGGUUUGGCCCGGCGAGCUCCCGAACGGGGAACGUAGGCUCGGUCCUCCCGCCGCACCCGUUCCCUCGAAGCUCGUCGCAGAAAGCAGCGAAAGCGGGGCACAGUCGCUCGCUCUCGCUGGGGCAGGCGCUGUCGCACAGGCACGCGAGCAGCAGCCAAUCAGAGGCGCGCGCGAAGCCUGCCGAAAGUCGCACAGCGUCGCAGGGGCAUCUUGGGCUGGAGGCUGCGAAAGUGGAAGCGGUGUUCGUGGUGGGGCUGGCGAUGUGGGUCGAAUUCUGGAAGCAGUGGGCCAAACCUGCCAGCCACGGCGCCGAAGCUGCAGCCUCGGCGCUAGGCUCGGGAUUAGGCUCCGCGGCGCAGGGGGGGAAGCUGGGGAGGGGGGCGGGGCAGUGGGGGCGGAAGGGCGCGGAAGGGGGGCUGCGGAGUCUGAAGAAGCGGAGGGAGAGGAUGAGGCGGAAAGAAGGGGGGAAUGGGGGGAAAGGGGGAGGUGCGGGGAAGGAUGGGGGAGUGUUGGGGAAAGAGGGGAAGGAGAGGGUUCUAGGGGGUAAUUCCGUGCUGGAAGUGCAAUUGGACGGGUUAAGUUGCAAGAAACCCUUGGAAGAAGGGACUUUCUUCUCAGUUGACCUGGGGGAUGGGGAGGAGGGAGAUAAAGGGGGGAGAGGGGAGGCGGAGGGGGGAAUGGAGAGUAUCGAUUUGUCAGGGGGGCGGGACGAGGGGAGGAAGAGAAGGGGAGGGAGGGGAGGAAGGGCAGGAAGGGGGGAACACGGGCAGGAUUCUGGAAACUUCGUGGAAGGAUUGGGCACUGAUUAUUGGGAAGGUGGGGAGCGGAACGGGGAGGUGAGGGAGAGGGAUUCGAAGGAGGCACGGCACAAGAGGCUGUGGCAGAAGAAACGACGCCACAAGGCGGGACAUGGCGUGGCGGGAAAUGGAGUGGCGGGACAUGGGGUGGCAGGAGUUGGUUUGGAUGCACGGCUGUCUGUUAUUGAGUGUUCCCCCCCAGAGCUAGACACUGUAGCUGCUACUGCUGCUGCCAACCACUGUAACGGGUCCUUCUAUGACGAGGAUUUCUCUAGUGAUGCUGUAAGGUUUGAUUUUGAAAAGCUUCCUAACGGAGCACUCUGUAACGAGGACAGCUGGAGCUCUGGCAGCAACGGCUCGAGCGACGAAAGCUCCUACUACAAUCUCAAUGAGUACGGCGCUUAUAACGAGUGCAGAGCUUUUAACGUGUUCGGAUCUUAUAACGAGUACGGCGCCAGCUACAGCGCGAACAGCUACAGUGCGAGCGGCAGCAGUGGCACGCCAUUCUCAGGGGCGUGUGCCCCGCACGGGGCGGCGUGUGGUGUGCACGUGGCAGAGGUGGAGGGCGACCUCAGGGCCGAGGCCGGGCGGCAGCUGCAGGAGCAGCUCUUGGCGGAUCUGCUGGACGGCUGGCAGGGCGCUCUGGGCGGCAAGCAGGGCGCAUGGGGGGAGGUGGGAUCUGGGGGCGGUGGGACUGCUGCAGCGGAGGCUCGGGAGGCGGUGGAGCGGGAGAAGGAGGCUCGGGAGUGCCGCAUAUUUGUGAUGCAGUGCCUGCUCGACCUAGUAGACGCUCUGGCCCUCAAGUGCCGCUUGAGACUGCAACCCCCCUCUGCCAGCGCGUAUCUAGAGGGGCUCGUGGGGGGAGUGGAGGGACUGAGGGGGGUGAACGGGGUGGUUGCAGGGGUGGAAGGGUAUGCAUUGGAGGGGUAUGGGGUGGGGGGGUAUGGGGGAGUAGCGACGCCUACAGGGAGUGUGACAGUGAUGAAGGGGUUCCGGGACGACGAGGAGAGUGCAGCAGGGGUUGUGUCAGGUGGCAGGGGCACGAGAAGCACUGUAGCAGGUGGCGGCAGCACGUCGCCACUGCUCAACGGGCAAGGCUUCAACCCGGCUCUCUUCCACCGCCAGCCCUCCUGGGCCUCGGGCAGACCUGCUGCCAGCAGUGCCUGGGAGACAGGCAAGCCUCCUCCUGCUGCUGCUGCUGCUGGUGGUGCUGCUGCUGCUGCUGCUGGUGCUGCCGCUGCUGCUGGUGCUGCUGCUGCUGGUGCUGCUCGUUCUUCGCUGUACCGGCAGCCGUCGUGGGGUGGGGGAGACAGUGCGUUGUUCCAGCGCCAACCAUCCUGGCAGGGGGGUGCGUCGCCCUUCCAGCGCCAGCCGUCCCUGCAGGGGGGCAGUGCAGCCCUUUUCCAGCGCCAGCCGUCUAUCGGCUUCCGCAGCAAGAUUGGCUCCUUGUUUCUUGGGGAGGAGCGGGGGGCGGCAGGGGGAGGGGAGGAGGAGGAUGGAGGCAUGGGGGAUCCGUCGAGGCUGUGGAGGAGGCACGGGACGAUAGGCUCGGGUGUGGGUCGGGCAGGCAGCAUGUCCGUCUCUAAUGCCCUUGCUCCCAUGCGCCGUGCCACUGCUGGCGCUGCUGGCGAGUUCGCUUCCACUGCAUCUGUCUCCUCCUCCUCUGCCUCUGCUGCAUCAGCUGUGGGCUUCUUUGGUCCCACACGACUCACAGAGCUGGCAGAGCUGGCACUCGUGCGCUCCAUUCUACAUGCCCCCACCACUGCUGCCCCCAACACCACUGCAGCUGCCACCGGCUUUGCUCGCACCCCUCCCAACACCUCUCCCCAUGGCCUUACCAAAGCCCCUACCAACGUCUCUACCAACGCCCCCACCACGAACCAGUCUACUCCCUACUCGCACCGUCUGCGCCAGCUGGACUCGCUCCUCACCACGCAUGCGCUCGGCCCGGGGAUUCUCGCCCUCGUGUUGGCCGGGGAAGUUGCGGAACUACCCCAUUUGACCCAGGAGGACCUGUGGCUUUUAGCCGAUAGGGCGGACGAGAUGGGGUGCACGGAGGCGGCUAUAAGAAUCUCUCUUAGAGCCGCCGCUGUCGCUUAUGACGAUCUGGAUACUGUAGCAGAUACGGUCCGGGCAGCGAUGGUGCCUAAUGGGACGGAGCCGGUGCCGCAGCGCAUCCACCGGCUGCUGGGGGCGGCGCAUUUUGGACUGACGCACGCGCCAUCAGGCGCCGUGCGGUGGCGCUAUGCCAUGGCGUUCGGGGCCGCGUUCUUGGAGCCGCUGCGGGCCGCUGCUGCUGCCAGCGCUGCUGCUGAGGCAAGGACGAACGGGUUCCUGCAGCUGAGCCGCGUGUUUGGUGCCCCGCCCUCCCGCGAGGAGCAGGAGCGCGCGGGCGAGAUGAGCGCCCUGUGCGCCCGGUUCGUGCUGAGGCUGGCGAUUGAGCCGCUGCUGGUGGUGGACGAAGAGGAGGAGGAGGGGGAGGGGGAGGGGGAGGGGGAGGGGGAGGAUGAGUUGAAAGGGGAUGAGGAUGGGGAGGAGGAAGGGGAGGAGGGGGUGGAGAGGGGAGGGGCCGAGGUGGAAGGGGGAGAAGGGAACGGGGUUGAGGGGGAACGAAUGGAGGGGGAAGAGGUGCAGGUGGAAGGGGAGGGGGAGGGGGAUGGGGAAGGGGAAGGGGACGGGGAUGGGGAGGGGAAAGAGAAAGGGGCGGAGGGGAAAGGUGUGGAAAGGGGAGUGGUGGAGGGGGAAGAGGGGGAAUUGAACGGAACAGAAGGGAAGGGCGAGGAAGAGAAAGGGGAGGAGGGGAGGAAGGGGGAGGCUGAGGAUGAUGGCAAGGGGGUAGCAGGUAGAGAGGAAGAGGGCACGGAAAGCGAUGGUGAGGGUGAGAACGUUAUCAUCUAUGCCGGACAGUACUAUUGGAGAAGUGCGGUGCAGCGCGGUGGGAAGAGCGUGCGGCCGUUCCGCAGCAAGAGUGUGCGGCAGUGCGAGGGCAGCUCGGCAGCAGGGACGGGAGAGACUUUUGAGUCGGCUUGCGAGUCGUUUCGCAGCGAGAGUGUGCGAUCAGGUGAUGGGCGCACGGCAGCAGAUACGGGAGAGACUUUUGAGUCCGCUCGCGAGUCGUUUCGCAGCGAGAGUGUGCGAUCAGGUGAUGGGCGCACGGCAGCAGAUACGGGAGAGACUUUUGAGUCGGCUCGCGAGUCGUUUCGCAGCGAGAGUGUGCGAUCAGGUGAUGGGCGCACGGCAGCAGAUACGGGAGAGACUUUUGAGUCCGCUCGCGAGUCGUUUCGCAGUGAGAGUGUGCGAUCAGGUGAUGGGCGCACGGCAGCAGAUACGGGAGAGACUUUUGAGUCGGCUCGCGAGUCGUUUCGCAGCGAGAGUGUGCGAUCAGGUGAUGGGCGCACGGCAGCAGAUACGGGAGAGACUUUUGAGUCCGCUCGCAAGUCGUUUCGCAGCGAGAGUGUGCGAUCAGGUGAUGGGCGCACGGCAGCAGAUACGGGAGAGACUUUUGAGUCCGCUCGCAAGUCGUUUCGCAGCGAGAGUGUGCGAUCAGGUGAUGGGCGCACGGCAGCAGAUACGGGAGAGACUUUUGAGUCGGCUCGCGAGUCGUUUCGCAGCGAGAGUGUGCGAUCAGGUGAUGGGCGCACGGCAGCAGAUACGGGAGAGACUUUUGAGUCGGCUCGCGAGUCGUUUCGCAGCGAGAGUGUGCGAUCAGGUGAUGGGCGCACGGCAGCAGAUACGGGAGAGACUUUUGAGUCUGCUCGCAAGUCGUUUCGCAGCGAGAGUGUGCGAUCAGGUGAUGGGCGCACGGCAGCAGAUACGGGAGAGACUUUUGAGUCUGCUCGCAAGUCGUUUCGCAGCGAGAGUGUGCGAUCAGGUGAUGGGCGCACGGCAGCAGAUACGGGAGAGGGGCGGGCAAUUGCAAGCUUCUUUACCACCAAGCAGGGCGCUCUCAACGAGGGGCAAGGGGCUCUCAAGGCGGUGCUGGAGCAGGGGGGUGCGAGUGAGGGAGUUGUGAGGGGAGUUGUGAGGGGGUUGAAGGGGGUGGCAAAAGGAGAGGAGACGGGCAGUAGGCGUGACGAGAAAAGCGAGGAGGGGAUUGAUGGGGAGGUGUGCGAGGAGGGUAGUGAGGAGGAGCGGGAGGAAAAGCAAGAUGAGGAGGAGGAAGAUGAUGGGGAGGAACAAGGCGAGGAUAGCUUCUCGUUUGGCAAGGCCUCCACCAUUCACUCACGCGAGUCUUCCUCUCCCCAACACCCACCACCAUCCCUCCCUCCCUUCACCGUUUUCCCAAAAUCCACCUCUUCCUCUCUCGCCUCUUCGACCAAAACUGCCCCCACGUCCCGCCCUCCGCCUUUCUCCCUGCACACCCAAAACGGUCGCAUCGCUCCCCGGCCCUCCCCGCUAGGCUCGGCAGUGGCAGAAGGCCCGGACGGCCUGCCGGCCGAGGCUGUGCGGGAGGCUCGGCAGCGGCAGGUUCGGGAGGCGGCGCUGGUUCGGUGGGCGGCGGAAGUGAGUUUCCCGGGCGUGGAGGUGGGGUGGGCGCAGUGGAAGGCGGUGGGUGGGCUGCUGGAGAGGGAAAGCGCGUUGGCCCACAAGGCACUGCCUGUGAUGUGGGGAAAGGCAGUCAAAGGGACGUUCAAGGCAGUGACGCCAGACGUUGCGAUACCAGAGCAGCAGGUGUUGGAGGUGUUUGACUGGGGGUUGGAAGGGCCACCCACCACCUUUACCACCCUCACCUCGUUCCUUCCUCUCUUCCUCCCACCCCACAGGCAGUGA